GCCACUACCUGCUCAUCGCCAGCGAAAACCGCCGCCAAUUUCGCCGACGUGGGGGUACGUCGGCGAAAAUCGCGAUGGCCACGUAAAAAUAGCCCUCAAAAUGAUCGACAUGGCUGUGCAACGAUCCCAAGACGCUGGCAUUGUGUUUCAAUCGCGCUGGUGCACGGAGUGGUGCCAGUGUUGAAGACCGACUGGCGGUCAUGACGACAGCCCUUCAAGGCAAUGCCCCGGUUGCCCCACACCCCCCCGCCGCCGAACGCGAGGCCGGUGGUCUGUCCAAAAAAGCCAAAGCUGGACGCACCAACUUGGUUUCGAUCCGUCAUCUCUUUCGAUACGCGGAUCGCACGGACGUCGUCUUGAUGGGUAUCGGGUCGGUAGCAGCUAUUGCCACCGGCACAGCCCAGCCGCUUCGAGUCUUACUCUUUGGCAAUGUUGUUACAACUUUUAAUCCGGUCGAUGGGGCAUAUGAUCACAUGCUUCACGAAGUUGCCAACAUCUCGCUGAGCUUUCUCGCGAUGGGGCUCGCUGUUGUCACGGCAGGGUUCAUCCAAGUGGUUGCGUGGACCAACACGUCGACGCGGCAGUCGGAGCGCCUGCGGUCCGCAUACAUUGCCGGGAUUCUCAAGCAAGAUAUUGGGUGGUUCGACGUAAGCAACCCGCAGUCGCUGUCUGCAGAAAUCACCGAGUCAGUGCUGGUCAUUCAAGACGGUAUGGGGCGCAAGGUCGGCGACUGCUGGAACUGCAUCUCGAUGGCCGUCUCGGGUAUCGCGAUUGGAUUCACGAGCGGGUGGAAGUUGUCGGCCGUCGUCGUGGCUUUCCUGCCCGUCCUUGUCGUUGGGCUCGCGUGCAUGAUGAAGACCACUGCUCGCGCCGUUCAGAACGCCAUCAAAGUACGCAUCGCCCGACGGCGUCACCACGCUCAUAAAACACUUCUCGCUGUAGGCGUAUGGCCAAGCCGGCGCCGUGGCGGAAGAAGCCCUGUCGAAUAUCCGCACCGUCCACGUCUUCAACUCGAUUUCACCGACUGCCGCCAAAUACAAUGGUGCCCUGCACCUGGCAGAGGCGGCGGGAAUCAAGAAAGGGCUCAUGACCGGCCUUGGCGGCGGGUUUACGUUCAUGAUGAUCUUCGCAACGUAUGCAGUUGCGAUCUCGUACGGAGCGGUGCUCGUGGCCACCGACAACUUGACGCAGCCAGCAUGCACCAGCAACUGCUACGACGGCGGGAAAGUCCUCACGGUGUUCUUCGGCGUCAUCAUGGGGGCCAUGGCACUGGGCCAGGCCAACCCAAGCAUCGACGCAAUUGUGUCGGCCCGGGCGGCUGCGUAUACCGCGUACGGGACCAUCGAUCGACCGUCCAAGAUCGACGCGCUGUCGAUGGACGGCGCCACGUUGAGUUCAGUGGAGGGCCGCAUCGAGUUGGUCGACGUCGAGUUCCACUACCCCUCGCGCCCCCACAUUCCCGUAUGCAAGGGAUACAGUCUCACGAUUGCAGCCGGCGAAAGAGUCGCCCUCGUUGGCCCGAGCGGCAGCGGGAAAAGCACGAUUGUGUCGCUCGUGGAGCGGUUCUACGACCCCGUCCAUGGCGUCGUCAAACUCGAUGGGGUAGAUGUGAAGAUGCUCAGCGUGCGCUGGCUGCGGCAGCAGAUCGGGCUCGUCGGCCAAGAACCAUGUCUGUUUGCAUCGUCAAUUGCGGCCAACAUCGCUUAUGGCAAGCCCGGCGCGACGAUUGACGAGAUCCACGAUGCAGCGAAGCGCGCAAACGCAUUCGAGUUCAUCCAGUCGUUUCCGCAGGGUUUUGAUACCCUCGUGGGGGACCGCGGCGCGCAGUUGUCUGGCGGACAGAAGCAGCGCAUCGCGAUUGCCCGCGCCAUUAUCAAGAACCCUGCCAUCUUGUUGCUAGACGAAGCCACGAGCGCGCUUGACACGGAGAGCGAGCGAAUUGUCCAAGCAUCGCUAGAUGCGCUGCUGACCGACCGGAAGCGGACAACCAUCAUUAUCGCCCACCGCCUCGCGACAAUUCGAAACGCUGACCGCAUCGUCGUCUUGAGCGAAGGCAAAGUUGUCGAGGACGGGACCCACGACCACUUGAUGGCGAUUGAAAAUGGGCAGUACCGUCUGCUUGUGCAAGCUCAGUCGCGUGCGAGCCCCCGUAAGAAAGACAUGGCUAAAACCACCGCUACACAAGAUGGAGGUGACAUCGCCAAGGGGUUCUUCCCUGAGUCGCCAACACAACAUGCCGCGCCGAUUCCAGUCACGGCCGACGACGAUGCGCCUUCAACUGCGAGCGCCAUGCCGUUACCCUUGGGUGGAUCGCUUCGCGUGCCGUAUGGCCGCAUCUGGUCGAUGAGUAGACCAGAGUGGGGCUACAUGGUGGUAGGAUCCUUGGGGUCGCUCGUGACAGGGGCAACAUUUCCUUUGUGGGGCUACCUCCUGUCGAAUUGCAUCGUCCUUUUCUUCAACUUUCGGCUCACGGCGGACGAAAUGAAGAUGGAAGGACUCAAGUGGUCGAUGUAUUUCCUCAUCCUUGGACUGGGGUACUGCGUCGGCAACGUCGCGCAGUCGUACGGCUUUUCCGUCGUGUCGGAGCGCCUGACGACGCGUUUGCGUGCGAUGGGGUUUGCUGCGAUGCUGCGACAAGAAGUGGGCUGGUACGACGCCCCUGAACAUUCUGCCGGCGCGCUGCUCGCGAGUUUAAGCACGGACUGCGCUUUGAUCCAAAAGAUGUCGGCCGACUUACUCAAGAACGUGCUAAACGUGAUUGUGUGCAUGGUCAUUGGGUUCUCGAUUGCGUUCUACCACAGCUGGCAAAUGACGCUUGCCCUCUUGGCGGUGUUUCCAUUGAUGGGGUUUGCGUCCAAGAUGCGAGCCAAGUCGUUUAAUCCGACCAAGGAAGAAGACAAGGAAGGCGACGUCAAGGCGGGCGCGGUACUCUCGGAAGCCAUCGGGGCGAUUCGCACGGUCGCUUCAUUUGGUAUGGAAGACGAAAUUCAAGCGCAGUUCACAGCGCUGGUCGGGGCGGCAGCGACGGAGACCCGGCGCGCGGGCCUCUCGAUGGGGCUAGUCUUCGGGCUUUCCCAAGCCAUGAUGUUCUUCGCGAUGGCGUUCCUGUUUUGGUUUGGAGGCUACUUGAUCAGCCACCACAUCAUUGUGUUCGGCGACAUGUUUUCGGUACUCAUGUCGCUCAUGAUGAGCAGCUUUGGCUUGGGCACUGCAACGCAAGCGCUGGGCGGGAUGGGAAAAGCCAAGCAAGCCGCCGCCAACGUGUUCGCGAUCGUCGACCGCGUCCCAACCAUCCAAAGCGUCACAAACGAAGGCCAGACUUUGCCGUUGGUGGCGGGAAAAAUUGAGUUUCAACACGUCCAAUUUGCUUACCCCAGUCGUCCGCAGAGCUUGGUGUACAAGGACUACAACCUUGUGAUCGAAGCCGGGACGACGGUCGCGCUCGUGGGGUCGAGCGGCAGUGGCAAGAGCACUGCCAUUGGCUUGCUGGAGCGAUUCUACGAUCCCCUAGCGGGUCGAGUGCUGCUUGAUGGCGUGGACAUUCGCACAUUGAACUUGACCUGGCUUCGAAGUCACAUCUCGCUCGUGGGUCAAGAGCCUGUGCUGUUUGUGGGAACAAUCGCGGACAACAUUGCGACCGGCAAGCCGGGGGCGUCUCCAGCCGAGAUCGAGGCAGCCGCGGUAAUGGCCAACGCGCACGACUUUAUCGAAUUGUUCCCAGACAAAUACACGACCCAAGUCGGCGAUCGGGGGAUUCAGGUACAUGUUUCGUCAAGCUGUGCUUGGACGUGACUGACGGGAGCUGCGCUGUAGUUGUCGGGCGGGCAAAAGCAGCGCAUUGCAAUAGCAAGAGCCAUCCUGCGGGAUCCAGAAGUCCUCUUGCUUGACGAGGCCACGAGCGCUCUGGACAACGAAAGCGAACGCAUUGUUCAAGCCAGUUUGGAUGCACUCAUGGAGAUGAAGAAGCGGACGACAAUCGUAGUUGCCCAUCGGCUGACGAUCAUCCAAAGCGCCGACUUGAUUGCCGUGGCCCACGAAGGGCGCAUUGUCGAGCAAGGCACACACGACCAACUGCUGAACGUCCCGUCAGGGCUCUACCGAACACUCGUGGCGAGGCAGGUAGAUGCGGCAGCAGUGUCAGAGUAGAUGGGACUUGGUCGACCUGGUACAAAGACUUUUUCUUCCCUUCGA